UUCCUAACUGCCAGGGUGAUUCCUCCGGUCACUGAGGGCUGCUUCCUACGCCAGCCUAGCGUGCGCUCUGGGACAAACUAUUUAAUAACCACUGGAUAAAUGAUCAACCACUGGAAUGAUAUCUCCAGCGAUAAAGGGUUGAUGUUUCCACACCGGGCGCCCCCAGGGUCGCUUUCCAGCCUGACUGCGGACCGCUCUCCCCCACUGUCAGCCUCCUGAUCAGCCCGCUGACCGCCUGUAGCUCGACCGCACCGCGCACAAGGUUCCUCUGCCUGGACAGCACUGCGUCGCCAUGGACACAGAGUCCACCUACUCCGGCUAUUCCUACUACUCCGGACGCUCCCGGGGGUCCCACAGGCAUGGGGAGCGAAGCCGGGACAGAGAUCGCCACAAGUCCCGCAACAAAGACAGCCGCUCAGAAAAGUCUGUAACGAUAAACUCGCCGCCCGCUGAGCCACUGCUGGGCGACUCGUCUGUCCGGGGGGGGGAGCAGGUCCAGGAUGACAACUGGGGCGAGACCACCACGGCGGUCACGGGCACCUCGGAGCACAGCCUGUCCCAGGAGGACAUUGUGCGGAUCACCAAGGACCUGGAGGACAGCGUGGGGCUGGACUGCCGGCGGUACUUCACCCUGACGCUGGCCGUGGUCAUGGGCCUGCUGGUGUUCCUGACGCCCGUGGCCUUCCUGGUGCUGCCCCACCUGCUGUGGCCGGAGAAGCUGCAGAGCUGCGGCACGGCCUGCGAGGGCCUCUUCAUCUCCGUGGCCUUCAAGCUGCUCAUCCUGCUGCUGGCCGUCUGGGCGCUCUUCUUCAGGUCGCCAAGGGCCGGCCUCCCGCGGGUCUUUGUGUUCCGCGCGCUGCUCGCCGUGCUGGUGCUGCUCUUUGUGAUGUCAUACUGGCUGUUUUAUGGAGUCAGGAUACUGGACACACAGGACGACAACUACCAGGGCAUCGUGCAGUACGCGGUGUCUCUGGUGGACGCUCUGCUCUUCAUCCACUACCUGGCCAUCGUGCUGCUGGAGCUGCGGCAGCUGCAGCCGUGCUUCUCCGUCUGCGUCAUGCGCUCCACCGACGGGGAGAAGAGGCACUACAACCUGGGCCAGCUGAGCAUCCAGCGGGCGGCUCUGGCCAUCUUGGAGCACUACUACUGCGACUUCCCCGUCCACAACCCGGCGCUGCUCUCCGCCUCCAAGUCCCGCGCUGCCAAGCACCUGGCCGGCCUCAAGGUCUACAACGUGGAUGGUGAGUUCCCAGCAGCCCUUGCUGAUGGUCCGGGGAACAACGCAGCAGCAGGCAUGGCUCACUCUCAGUCCAGAGCCAUGAUCGCAGCCGCAGCCCGCCGCAGAGACACCAGCCACAACGAGCUGUACUACGAGGAUGCGGAGCACGAGAGGCGCGUCCGCAAGCGCAAAGCACGACUGGUGGUGGCGGUGGAGGAGGCGUUCACACACAUCAAGCGCAUGCAGGAGGAGGAGCAGAAGAAGACCCCGGUGGACGUGAUGGACCCCCGGGAAGCGGCACAGGCCAUCUUCCCCUCCAUGGCCCGCGCCCUGCAGAAGUACCUGAGGACCACCAAGCAGCAGCACUGCCACAGCAUGGAGAGCAUCCAGCAGCACCUGGCCUUCUGCAUCACCAACAACAUGACGCCCAAGGCGUUCCUGGAGAGCUACCUGAGCGCGGGCCCCACCCUGCAGUACAGCCGGAGCCACUGGUUGGCCCGUCAGUGGACCCUGAUCAGCGACGCCUCGGUCACCAGCGGCCUAUCGGACGGCUGCGUCUUCCAGCUGAAGUGUGUGGACUUCAGCCUGGUCGUAACCACCAAGAAGAUCCCGUACAUCCAGAUGUCGGAGGAGUACAUCGACCCCAAGUCACACAAGUUUGUCCUGCGGCUACAGUCGGAAACCUCCGUGUAGCUCUCCAAACGCUCUCUUUUUUUAUUCCUCACCCUGUCUCGGAUGUUUUCACUUUGGGUUUGCAGUUUUUAUUUUUGAUAUAUUAUAUAUG